AUGAAUUUUCUCAAUCGAGUCAGAACAGUCCUUCGGAAAGGUAAACGGGACUCGAUGUCGGCUGGGCCUAAAACUUCAGCGUGGAACCGGCUCCCAUCUCAUGUCUUUGUUAAGAUUCUAGCCUCCUGUGAUCUGAAGGAUAUCGGCAGUUUGUCUCUUUCCUGUCGAGCACUCCAUGACCGGGUUUCCAAGCUGGAAUAUGCCAUAGCAUGGGCAUAUAUUCAACUCCGAAAGCAGAUGCAUCACCGAAGACAUUGUAUUGACGGAGGCCUGUCGCCGGGUGAUGACAUUGCCUUCAUCUCCGAGCUAUUUCCUCCCCCGCCUCCUGAGUAUAGCAGAGGCAUGCCUCAUGACAACGCGGAAUAUUCUCUGGGAUAUCUCGGCGAUUUAAAAAGAUGCUGGGACACUUGCAUUCGACUCUCCCAUCACUUGGCUGCUCAUGUGGUUGAACAUCAUCUGGAGACUGAUACAAUUGCUCAGCCUUUGUGGUCAUCUUCCAAGACAGAGAAAGAAGUUGUCUACAGCAAAGCUGUGGCUUCGCUCCAAGCCAAGCUUUUGUAUCCCAUAGCCUAUGUGGUAUUCUUCUUGGAAUCAUCUGCAUCUUCUGCCUCCGACUCUGGCCACUCGGGUCAUCACCACAAAAAUAUUGCUUGUUCUAUUGAACGCCAGCAAUCAAUUCUUCGAAAUGCGCCUUUUGACGAUAUACUUAUAUUUCUCUUGACCCACCACUGCAUGCAGCUUCUUUUUUUCGACGGUCCGGCGCUUGAUGGGACCGGAAAUUCCCCAUUCCACCGCCGAAAGCUGGUUUAG